AUGUCACUUCGGGUUGUAGCCGAAAGCCAUUUCGUCUCACCGAGAACUGGUCCCCCAAACGGGCAUGGACCAUACGGUUCUAAUGCACGAUGGCAACUCGGAUCAAGCCAGCUAGUGGCAUUCCAGACCAAUUGGACAGCAUACAAGAUCGAACUUUGGCAACAACCGCUGCAAUCUACCGCGAUAAAGGCAGCCAAUAUUGUCUACAAUCAAAAUGUUGGACAGGAUCUGCCCCAGAGCUUCUAUUGGACUGUGCAGACGUAUAAUCUCCUAUUGGCAGACUCUGCCCUAUUCUUCUUCUCGUUGCAAGAUAGCAAUUCGCCUGCUCGGAAGCCCUCGCCGUUCUUCAAUAUCACAAUAGCCACUGCUCCUGUGAGCUCAAAGACAACCACAAGCUCUGAAACUACUCAAAGCUUUUCCAACCAGCCGACUUCUUCUACCUCGUCUGUCUCAACGGUAUCGACACAAGCAUCACUUCCAGCCUCCAGCCCAUCAGAACAUAUGGAUAUGACACAAGGAGUGUCAGGAGUGUCAGCAGGUACAGCCGCAGGAAUAGGUGUCGGUGUGGCAUCAGGUAUAGUGCUAGUGGCCAUUCUAAUUUGGGUUGCCCUCCGUAGGAGAAGGAGGGACCAGCAACAGCAACAGCAGCAACAGCCGGCAGAGAUUGAAGGACGCGAACUUGUAACUCGUAAGCGUGGUUCUCUCGAGAAGCGGCCAAUAACCGAAUAUGACCAACCGCGAUUGGAAUUACCCGGCUGA